AUGCGUUCACCUCCAAUUGUCAUCGUCGCCUAUUUGGUAUUCCUCGCCGGUAGUCUGUUCUCAGCAGCCCACCCGUCCAGUAUUUCAGCGAUCAUCCCAGAUCAGACUCGGUCGCUGCCAGACAACACAAAUACAGCAGACAAAAAAAGCUCUGCGGAAAGAGGGGCGUGGCAGUGGGUGAAAGUCCGACUCUGGUUGGAGCUCGGAAUGUCUGACGGCUAUGUCAGAAAGGCGCUGAAGCUGGAUUCGCUCGACGACGCAGCACUUAAGGCACACAAGAAUUACAAGUAUUACGAGUUCUUUUACAAAAAGGCUUUAACCUUCCGACUUUUCAGGAUGCUUAAAACUGAAGCCACCACAUUUGAUGUCUGGAAAUGGCUGGGAUUCAGUCACAUUAAAGCGGGCGAUCUGAAGCAGAUCGUUGGUACCACGGAAUUCGAAGCCUACGAGCGUUACGUUACUACUUUCUACCGUAAGGUGCAGAACGAG